AUGCUUCCAGCAAAUGUAAUAGCGGAGAACGAAGAUCUGCUGACGCGAAUCCUUGUUCAUUUGCCGGCGGAAUCCCUAAUCCGUUUCCGAUCCGUCUCUAAAACCUGGCUCUCAAUCAUUUCCGACCCCAAUUUCCGGCGGUGUCUGCGGAGGCAUACCGGCGCUUACUUUUUGGUUCGACCGGGUCAAAGAAGAGGUGAGCCGGAGCUUAAUUUCGUUUCCGUGGGCGAAGGGUAUGUAAAUUCUAUGAAUAACAUUGUUUCCAACUUGGGAAAGUCUUUUGGUGUUCAUCGAAUUCAGGGAUUUCAUUCAUGUAAUGGGUUAGUUGUACUUGCUUUAGACAUCAAUGCUGGUGAAUCCUUAAAUUUUGUUGUCUAUAACCCGACUACUCGUCGCCGGAGGCUUAUUCCCGACUACUUUGUUGAUGAUUCCUUAGAUUCUACUGACACCGACUCUGAAACUGAUGACCCUUUUUCGCCGCUCUCUUCCCCUGAUCCUACCCAUUUUUAUGCUCUGAAUAUUGCUUUUGAUCCUUUGCAAUCCGAUGACUAUGAAUUAGUAUACGUUUUUGAUGAUGGUAAUGAGCGGAUUCGAUUCGCUAGCUACACUUCCGAAACAGGGCUUUGGACCAACAGUAAGUGGUACCUUGAUCAAGAACGUGAAGGAUAUAGUGUAAUUUGGUUUGAAAAGGGUGUCUUUUGGAAUGGGGGCAUGUUUUGGGUUGGUUCCUGCUGGGACGUUUAUUACUUUGAUUUUGAAACUAAUGAUGGGGAGUGUAUUAUCCCCUCAUUUCCACAAGGUCGUAGCUUUGAAGAACGAGAAGACGAUUUCAUGUGCCGUGAUGUUCUGUUUUUCGGGGUCUCUGGGGAGAACUUAUGUCUUAUCGUGCUAAUGGAUCUUCGUCCAUUGCGGUUUGAAGUCUACAAUUUCGAGUUGGAGUAUUCAAGAUGGACUUUGAUGCAUGGUGUCCGCUUCUCUGCUCUUACUGGUUUGUAUCCAUCAAUGUUAGUUAAGGCGUUUCAUCCUUGUUUUCCGCAUGAUUGGCAUUGUAGCUUCUCUUUUCUUAGUUUCCUUGUGGAUGAGGAACAGAAACAAUCUCAGUGGUUGAUAUCAGUUCCAGGUAAAAUCAUUUCCUGUAAUACGCACCCCAUGACUGUGAAAGAGGUCGCCGAUGUAGUUACCGAGAAUUUUGGCAAGGUACGCAUAUAUGAAUGGAGGGAAACGUUCGAGCAUGUUGAGACCUUCGCUUCUGUUUGA